AUGACUGGUGGUCCCAUGGGCGAGACGCAAGACCCCCACAUACAAGCAUCCAUCCAUACAACAACCUCUAACUUGCCAAGUCUGCCACCCCCGGGGUCAAGACAACAAAAGCCAUCAGGCGUGUUUGGAAAAUGCUUCACAGUGGACAUCCUGAUAGAUGGGGUGGAAACCCGCUGCCUCCUUGACACAGGUUCAGAAGUGACCACCAUAUCUGAGAACCACUUCAAAAGAAAGUUUGGAGAAGAGAAAUUGACGCCGGCUAACUGGGUCAAACUGACAGCAGCAAACGGGCUUGAUAUCCCAGUAGUAGGGUGCCUCUACACUGAUGUUGAGUGCUUUGGCAAGAUGUUGACUGGAAAAUGUGUGUUCGUCCUUCGUGACAGCGCUUCGGAGCAUAAAGAGGAGGAUUCCAUUCCAGGAAUACUGGGCAUGAACAUACUGUGUGAAGUGCAAGAUCUCUUCUCUAGCCUUGGCGGCGCUCAACCCAUCCAGAACAGUCAGCCCCCUCAAAGCAGGCAUCUGAACCGUAUCUUUGCUGAACUGAAAAAACAAGAACAGUUCUCUGGGCCGCAAGGAAAAGUGGGGUUUGUCAAAGUUGCAGGAAAACGCCCAGUGGUAAUUCCUCCCAAGAGUGAGGCCAUUGUGGAAGUGCUGCCCAGAGAGAGAGUGUUAUUUGAGGAGGCCGUCGGAGAACUCAAAGUCAGCCCCCCUGACCCAAGCGACAAGCUAAAGCCCGACAGUCCUGUGUUCCUGUCAGUCCCAGUUAAAGCGAAUCUUGACGGCCUCAGUGAGGCUCAAGUGCAAAGAUUGGAGCAGCUCCUGAAGAAACACCACGCCGUGUUCUCUGCGGACGAUAACGACUUUGGGUUCACUACAACUGUCACCCAUAACAUACAGACAGGCAACGCUCACCCUGUUUUCCAAAGACACCGAAGGGUCCCCCCACACGUAUUCCAAGAAUUCAAGCAACACGUUCAAAAUCUGGUGGAUAAGGGUGUGUUAAAAGGGUCCUGCAGCCCAUGGGCAUCGCCUGCUGUAAUUGUGAUGAAGAAAGAUGGGACAGUACGCUUUUGCUGUGACUACCGCAGAUUAAAUGCAAUCACACACCGCGAUGCGUAUCCCUUACCCCGUGUCGAAGAGUCCUUGGAUGCUUUAGGCCAGGCCAAGCUCUUCUCCUCCCUGGACCUCACUGCAGGAUAUUUCCAGGUCGCUGUAGCGGAACAAGAUCAAGAAAAAACUGCCGUCACCACUCCCUUUGGAUUAUAUCAGUGGACUCGCAUGCCAUUCGGACUCUGCAACGGCCCAGCAACCUUCCAGAGACUAAUGGGCGUAGUGCUGGGAGACCUCACCUUCGACAUCCUACUGGUCUAUUUGGAUGACAUCUUGGUAUUCUCCAGCGAUUUUGAGAGCCACUGCGAGAGGCUAGAUCUAGUAUUCAGUCGGUUGCAGGAACAUGGCCUAAAGCUAAAACCCAGCAAGUGCUCCCUGCUUAAGACCGAGGUGAAGUUUCUGGGGCACAUUGUGUCAGCGGCAGGGAUCCAAGUAGAUGGAGAAAAAGUCAAAGUGCUGAAAGAAUGGCCAACGCCAAGCAGUGUGAAGGAGGUUAGACAGGUAGUGGGGUUUAUGUCGUACUAUCGCAGAUUUGUGCCCCAUUUCGCCCAGAUGGCACAGCCACUACACGCCCUGAUGGGCAAAGCCAACGUUGGCUCCUUCAAGCUUAAGGCCACCCCAUUUGUGUGGACUGACAAAUGUCAGGUGGCAUUUGACAAGUUGAGAGCCUGUCUAAUGGCUCCCCCAGUGCUGGCUUAUCCAAAUUUCCAGCUCCCGUUUAUCCUGACCACAGAUGCCAGCCACCAGGGGCUAGGAGCAGUGUUGAGCCAAAAUCAAGAUGGAGUUGAGCGUGUCCUGGCUUUCGCUAGUCGCGGGCUGCGCGGGUCUGAAAAGAAUGACAAGAACUACAGCGCAAUCAAGUUGGAGCUCCUCGCCCUGAAGUGGGCCAUCACAGACAAGUUCAGAGAUCUGCUACUGCACGCAAAGUUCACGGUUGUCACAGAUCACAACCCUCUACGCCACCUGGAAACUGCCAAUCUCGGCGCAGUUGAACAAAGAUGGGUGGCACAGCUUGCAGAGUUCAACUUCCAAGUCCAGUACAAGCCAGGGCGCCUAAACCAAAAUGCUGAUAUCUUGUCAUGCCUCCCGAGGGAGCAGGAGCCUAAAGAGGAGGAGGAUGUGGAGAAAGAUUUCCUGCUCAUGAAAGAAGAAGACGUCCGCGCCUACCUAGGGCCCAGGGACGGUACAGGCAAAAAGGACAGCCAAAGGGCAACGGCCAUUCAGUCGGCUGUGAGGGCUGCCAUCUGUGGUCAUAGCUGGGAGGAGGUGUGUGCACUCCAAAGAGAAGACCCCGAUAUAGGGCCAGUGGUGAAGUCGGUAAUGAGGGGUGUACAGCCGUCAGGGCCACAAAUGAAGCAAAUGAACAGGACUCAACAACAGCUGUACAGGCAGUGGGAACGACUUUUUGUUCAGAAGGGGACCCUAUUUCGGCGCCUGAACGACCCCCGUGAUGGUGAAGAGAUCCGCCAACUAGUGGUACCGACGGCAUUACAGCACCAGGCCUUUGAGACACAACAUACCCAUGGCGGACACUUUAGUGACAGGGGCACAUUGUGCAUAUUGCGACGUGGCUAUUACUGGCCCUCCAUGGUUUUGGAUGUGAAGCGCUGGAUACAGGGGUGUAAAAGAUGUGCGUUGGCAAAAGACGUCUUCCCCAAAUUCCAAGCUCCGAUGACAUGCACCAAUGUCGGUGCUCCGCUAGAGGUUCUGGCUAUGGACUUCACAGUACUGGAGCCAUCAACUGGGGGUUUUGAAAAUGUCUUGGUGCUGACAGAUAUGUUCACACGGUUCACCAUCGCUGUCCCGACCAGAGAUCAAACUGCCCGCACCACAGCAACUGCACUGUUAAAAAACUGGUUCGUCUACUAUGGUUGCCCCGCCAGGCUUCAUUCUGACCAGGGCCGAAACUUCGAGGCCACUGUAAUAAAGGAACUCUGCAGUAUGUAUGGGAUCUCCAAAAGCCGCACAUCGCCCUACCACCCCCAAGGGAACGGGCAGUGUGAAAGAUUCAACCGUACACUGCAUGAAAUGCUUCGCACACUACCUGCAGAGAAAAAGAGGAACUGGAAAGAACACCUACCAGAGCUGGUGAUGGCCUACAACUGCCACGUACAUUCAUCCACGGGCUACGCUCCCUUCUACCUCCUUUUCGGGCGGGAUGCAAGAAUGCCAAGGGAUUUAUUGGAUGGCAGAGAUUUGGAGAGUGACAGUGCCGUCAACCUAGACGACUGGGUCAGGGGGCAUCAUGAACGAUUAAGGACUGCAGCUGAAACUGCCCUUGCCACAGCCCGCGAGUCAUCACAUCGGCGCAAAAGGCUCUAUGACAGGAAAACAAGAGGGGCACUCUUACGGCCUGGUGACCGUGUCCUUCUCCGGAAUCAUCAGCCUAGGGGGCGUAAUAAAAUCCAAGACAAGUGGGAACCAGUGCCUUAUGUGGUGUUUGGACAAAGCCACACUGAUGUCCCAGUUUACACAGUGAAACCAGAGGCUGGGGGCCCCUCUAAGAAUGUGCACAGAGAUCAACUGAAACCAUGUGCAUUCCUUAGUGUCAGACUGGAAAGAAACGCACCCCGUCCCGCCAGAACUGAAGACUUCCUGACAGACAGGACUCCUCAAGACACUCUCUGCGUCCCCGUCACAGUACCUCGCAGCACAGGCAUACACAUGCCACAGGCCCCCUCACACACAGACUUCACUGACGCCCCUGCUGCCACAGAGGUAGAGGUCAGCAGCGGGUCACAAACGGGGAGUGGGGUUAGUGGUGGGGAGGGUUCUACUGACAGCCCUGUGGGGAAUCACGGUGAUGGUUCAAAUCAGCCAGAUAACACAGUUCAGGAUGAGAGUGCAGUCAUGGACUGGUCAGACGAUAGUAGCCAGGGCCGAGUGGUGGGAUCUGGGAGGCCUCAACGUAGUACUCGGGGACAGAUACCCAUUAGAUACAGAGAUGUUUAUGUUUUGAGGGUGAACGCACCCGCUCGUUAAGGGUGAACAUUUGGUUGUUUUUUUUUUUUGUAAAUGUAUUUCUUGUAAAACAAUGUCCUAUGAAGUUCGGUUUUGUUUUUUUACUAGUAGUGCAAUGUAGUGACCUUUGCAUUCACCCCUUAUAGAGACUGUAAGACAAAGUGUUCGCACGAGGACGUUGCGAACUUUGGAAAGGGGGAAUGUGGAGGAGCUGGAAAGUAGACUACAUUACCCAUAAGUCAGUGUGUUGGUUCGGACGCCCAGCCAAUGAGAGACGGGGAUGAGACAGACGAAGAAGAGGAGAGAACAGUGGCGCGUCGGGAGAUAGAUGGCGAAAAAAACGAGAGAAAAGAAAUUAAAAAAGCGAAAAGCGAUCUGCACAGCUCGGUCUGGAGAAAGGAGCUCGAGCUGUCGGUGCCAGAGCUACGGGAGCUACGAGGAGCGACUUCGUGCGACGCCGAGAGUACAUUGCAGCUAUGUGCGUACAGCACUAGUUAGCUAACCAGUGUAGCCGUAGCUGUUAGCUAAGCUGCCG